AUUCUAUUCCAUCUCUCAUUCUCAGAGGGUUCACUUCUCUCACUCUAAAAGUCUGAAGCACCUUGUUUUCAACUGUUUCUCUUUCCUUUUUUAGUUGAGUACUUUUCACUUCUUAGCUGGUUGGUUUCAACUUGCACCAUUUCUUCCUCAGCAUUCUAUAUAUGUCCUCAUCCCACUGUCUGCAUUGCUAGCUCUCAUAUUACCCCAACUCUUUGAUUUUUAUUUUUAUUUUUUAUUGUUUCUAUGAGUUGUGGAAAAUGUUACUUAGAAGCUCCUCCGCACCAAUUCUAACUUCAUUGUUAAUCUAUUCCAAGGAGUUCCCCUCCGAACCAGAACACAUUCUUCACCUUCCUAAAACAGCAUCAGCUUUAAGUCUAAGCCAAAGCUUGGUGGAUAUAGACCUUAAAAACUCAUCAAGUCCCAGGAGAAAAAAUCGUGUGCCACUUAGUAAUGUUCCUAAUAAUCAACAGAGUAUAAAGAUCAAUGAAAGAUAUGAAGGGAAAGAUCCACAACAAAAAACUUUCAUGAAAGCAAAACCUUCAAUUCUAGAACUGUUUUCAAGCUUGGAUUUAGACAAGGGAGUCCUGGAUCAUGAAGAGUGUGGUGCGGGGAAGAAAGAUAGUUGGUUACAGACUUCAGUGAUGGGUGCUGGAAUGGGGAGUGAUGGUGGUUGGAUUUGUGGUGGUUGUAAUGGUAGUGGAAGAGGCUCAGAUGGUGGACAUGGAAGAAGGUGGGGUUUCGAUGAAGGAAAUGAUCACGGUAGAGAUAGGACGGAUGCUUAUUACCAGAACAUGAUUGAAGCAAACCCCAGUGAUGCUCUUUUGCUAGGAAAUUAUGCUAAGUUUUUGAAAGAGGUUUGUGAAGAUUAUCCUAAAGCAAAAGAGUAUCUCGAAAGGGCGAUUUUGGCUAAUCCUGAUGAUGGUCAUAUUCUGUCCCUCUAUGCGGAGUUAAUAUGGCAAACAGAGAAGGAUGCUGAUCAAGCUGAAGGAUAUUUUGAUCAGGCCAUUAAAAGUGCCCCAGAUGAUAGCUAUGUCCUAGCUUCAUAUGCUAAUUUCCUUUGGGAUGUCGAAGAAGACGACGAAGAUAAAGACUGCAAAAAUAAAUCGGAUCACAGCCAUACAUAUCCAACCGAUCUCUUUCAUGGAACUAACCAUCACCUUCAUUCAACUGUAGCCAUAGAAGCCUUACCACUGUUUCUUAAGUGAAGGUGACAAGGUGUGUAACCUGCAAGACAAAUGUUAGUAAAAUAGUCUUUUGUCAGCUAUUGUGAAUAGCAGCUUGGAGCAUAAUAAGAGAAAACAUCUUUAAUUUGGUGCCUCUUGUACUAUUAAGUUGUAAGGUUUCCACCAAUGUCUCUUUUGAGAAUGUUAAGUUUUGUAUUCAGAGGCUAAGGGGUAAAGAGCAACACUAUGUUAUAUACCUUUAAUAUAGUAUUAUUCUACUCUUAAUUUAAAGCAGUUUCUAAAAUCUUUUAACACGAAAGGGAGCAGGAAGGAAAAGGACUAGAGCAUCUGCAUGGAGCCAUGGACAACAACAACAGCAUUCGUAGUUACAUAUGUUCCAACAGAUGAUGAUAGUGAAUUACAUAAACCUAUGGCUCCAAAUGUACUAGGGCCUUGAAAGGUCAAACAUAUGGCUCUUUUGUCAGCUAUGUAUGUAUUUAUGGGUUCUUGUCUUUUUCACCUGUCAGACUCAGUGAUAAGGUGGUAUUUGUGUUUUGAGAGUUCGUCUUUUUCAAAGUUCUUGUCAUUGUAUGGGAAAUAGUGUCGCUAUAGUUUAGCAGCAACUUGUUUAAUUUCAGUGUAUCAACGGUAGCGACUAAGGCAUUAUUUGAGGAUACUGAUCA